CUUAAUUUAAACGCAAGAAGUCUUCUAAAUAAGGUAGAUGCACUAGAGUCUAUACUCUUGGAAUACAAUCCAGAAAUCGUUACAGUAACUGAAACGUGGCUACACCCGUUAAUAUCUGACAGCGAAAUAUUGCCACCAGACUACAUUAUUCUAAGAAAGGAUAGAUUAACAAGGGGUGGUGGUGUAGCAAUCAUCUUAAAACGCGGUCUUUCUUAUGUGCCUAUGCCUGAGGUAAAAAACGUGGAAUCUUUAUGGUGUAAGGUCUCCUUUGAAAAUUAUUCUAUUGAUGUCGGCGUUGUUUAUCGUCCCCCAGACUCUGACCUACAGUAUCUUCAUAGCCUCUAUGACUACAUGCUAGCAAAUAUUAAAAGCGACAAAAUCAUCAUGACGGGUGAUAUUAAUAUGCCCGAAAUAAACUGGGACUCGCUGCACCCUGGCCUGGACACUGCUGAUGUUAUUAUAGACAUGCUAUUUGCGUUCAAUCUAACCCAAAUCGUCAGGGAACCAACCAGGGUGCAGGGAUCGUCACGGAGCUUGCUUGACGUAGUGUUCCUCAGUGACCACUUUCCUCGGGCUCAAACUUGCGUAGAAGUGGUGGAGGGGAUAUCUGAGCAUAAAAUUGUUGUAUGCACGGUACCUGUUCGUAGUUCCGCCAUCUCCCAUGGCUGCGCCAAAUACGUGCUCGAUUUCUACAAAGCCGACGAUGCUAGCAUUCAAACUUAUCUUGCUCAUGAAUUUAACGAUUUUCAAGAACUCUAUGAUGGAACUGAUAUUAGUAUUGACAAACUAUGGCAAAAACUCAAGUCAAUUAUUAAUCACUGCAUCAGUAAGUUUAUUCCUAGUAAACGUAAAAUCAUAAGGAAGCUAAACCCAUGGAUUUCACGUGAAAUCAUUCACCUGAAGCGUAAGCUAAAAAGACUAAGAAAGUCGUCCAAAAAGCGUCCACUCACCAACCACAAUUCAACUAUAUCGGAACUAUCCAGACUGCUCAAACUGAAGAUCAAAGAAGCAAAGCACAAAUACUACAAUAUUACCCUCCACAAUUCUAUGAAAGCAUCACCGCAAAAAUUCUGGAACCAUAUAAUUCCCACAAAAUCUAAAACUUCCAACAUAAGUGCCUCGGAGGCACAAAAAAUGGCAGAAGAAUUCAGCAGUUUUUUUAAGUCCGUCUUCACAGCUGAUAAUGGCAAAGAAAACUUAACUCUACCUUCUUAA